AUGGAGAUCGGUUCAUUUGAUGCUUGGUUAGUAUUUGCAUCAUUGAUAUUUUUCUUCUUUGCUGGCUGGUUGUUUUAUACAAAACAAUUGUUUAAGAAUUAUGAAGUUCAUAAUAAGUGAGAUUUCGGGGAAGGGCUUGGUGGAAGAAGGGUUUUGGAAUUUCUGAUAAGCUUCCAUACACAAAAUUGAUGUUUGAAACUAUUUGAAGAAGUUGGUUCUGAUUUUAAGAGCUGACAAAACCUUUCGUAGAAGCAGAAUCAACAGAAUUUGUUGAUCUACUGAAAUUCGACAAAAAAUAAUUUUGACCUCAAGACUUCCCGAUUUUUUGUUUUAAAUCCCGUUCGAAAUUCUGAAAGUAGUCUUCCAAGGCUUCCACAAACAAUUUUAAAAAGACCAUUCAACUUUGAAAUUCAUAUUCUCAAAACCAAAACCUCGUUUUUUUCAGAACUGUCCAAUUUCUAUUCUCCAUCACAUUUUCAUUAUCCUGCUCUCUAUUCGAAUUAAUUAUUUUUGAAAUUGCUGAUGUUAUGUACACAUCGUAAGUUGCACUAAAUCUAUCAAAACCAAACUUCACAGUUUCAAAAUUUCAGAAGUCGUUCACAAUGCUGGACAACUUGUCUCACACUCAUUUUAUUCACAUUAGUUGUCAUAAUUCCAAUAUACAUGUCAUAUUUAUUAAUCCAAGGAUUGACAUUCGGUGAGUUCAUCGACCUCAUAAGUUUUCUCUUCAAUACAAUUUUUCUAGUGAAACCUAGACUUCAUUUUCCUUUAUGUCUCAUUUGCUGGUUCAUAUUUAUAUAUUUUUUCUGGAAAAUUGGAGAUCCUUUCCCGAUUUUGAGUCCGCAUAAUGGAAUAUUUACAAUUGAACAAGUGAUUUCAAGAAUUGGUGUGAUUGGUGUAACUGUGAUGGCAAUUUUAUCGGGUUUCGGAGCUGUAAAUGCUCCAUACACAUAUAUGACAAUAUUUAUGAGACCUGUUGAAGAUCAUCAAGUUCAACAAAUGGAAAAACGAUUGACACAUUCGAUGGAUAUGAUUGUUAUUAAAAAACGAAAAGUUGCUCGACAUAAAUUGGAAUUGCAAAGAAUGAAUAUUGAAAAGAAAUCAAGUGAGCCGAGUUUUUUGUCAAAGUUGUGGUCGAAUUUUUCGGAUGGCGGAAAUGAAUCGAAUAUUCAAGCACAAAUUUGGUAAGUGUUUUGUUUUGGGGAAAAAAAAAACAGGGAAGUUUUUUUGAGAAUGUGAGAAAAACAAAUUUUUCUGGGGUUGGAAAACUUUCAAAAAUGUUUCGAAAGAUUUUCAAAUUUUGAAUCCAUUUCGAAAUAAAUUAAUUUCGAAAUAAGUUUUCGAUUUCAUUUUUACAACAAAAACACAUCUGAUUUGCAAGCAGCCAAAACAAGGUCAAAUUUUAGGUGUGGUUGUAGAUUUUCAGAUAGGGAACUUUUUUAGAUGAGGAACAGUUUACUCGAAGUAAAAUAGAAAUUUGAAAAACUUCAAGUAUAAACUAUCAUCAAAAUAUCCCAGAGAAAAUAAUCACACCUCAUAAUUUUCAGCCGCCUUGAAGAUGAGAUCAAACCGCUGGAAACAUUGAGCAGCUAUCUGUUCAUUGAACUUGUCGAACUUCGAAACAUGUUAAAUCGAGUGGAAUUCAGUAAAACAUUCAUCGGAAUUUAUUUCAACAUCCUCGGCCACUUUUUCUCAGUUUACUGUAUUUGGAAGAUCUUCAUCUCAUUUAUCAAUAUUGUCUUUGAUCGUGUUGGAAAAGUCAGUUUUUUUUCUUAAGAUUUUUAAUCGCACGGAUUUCGAAAGAAAGGUGUUUUUGUUCUAUUGUGUUAUGAUAAAAACAAAAAACAAAAAAAGAAUAUCUUUUGAUAUAACCGACCGAUAUAAUAAUAAUUAGCUUUUUGAUUUGAAGGUCGAUCCAGUUACAAGAAUGAUUGAAAUUGGAGUGAAUCAUAUUGGAAUUGAACUUGACGUUCGUUAUUGGUCGCAAUAUAUUUCAUUCUUUUUUGUUGGAGUUAUUGCAAUCACUUCUAUUAGAGGUAUUUUGGAGGAGAAGAAAAAUUGUGAAAAAUACAAAAAUAAUUUUUCAGGUUUACUCAUAACGAUGACCAAGUUCUUUGUUUCGAUAUCUAAUCCAAGAUCUUCAAAUAUAAUUGUUCUUGGGUUGGCCCAAGUUAUGGUAAGUUAGAAAUGAACACCUUCUCCCUUGAAAUAAUAUUUUUUCAGGGAAUGUAUUUUGUAUCAAGUGUAUUAUUAAUGAGAAUGAAUGUUCCACUCGAAUACCGAAUUAUUUUGACAAGAAUCCUCGGAGAUCUACAAUUCAACUUCUAUCAUCGAUGGUUUGAUGUGAUCUUCUUGAUAUCUGCAAUAUCUUCAAUUAUAGUUUUAACUCUAAUUCAUAAAACUGGACAAAAUAGGUUUAGAGGCUAAUUUAUUUGUGUUUUAAUUUUAUUUUUUCACAAACAUUUCAAAACAUUUUACGGGAUUUUCUUGCUUUCUUCCAACAACAUUCCAUUGUUUUUUAUUAAAUUCCGCGGAAUGAAUUUUUUUCUGUUUUCAAGAUAAAAAGGCGUGAAUGGAAUGUCAACAAUUAAUUAUGAUUGAAACAUUAAUUUUUUUCCUCUGAAAUGAGAAUGAGAACACAAAUGGAGCGUUCCGAAAAAUAACCGUAACUUGGAAGCAGCCGAACAAAAAACAAGAUUGCGUUGAGAAGAUAGGGCGGGGCGUUGUUCUGGAGGCGCGAAAAAUGCAUGACGAAAAAAAAAUAAGUGGAUGGAUACCACUGAUCCUCAAUAGAAGAUACUCACUUGUUUUCAAUUCGAAUAUGAUUGUGUUAUAUAUUUUUGGUUUUCUUAUACAUAUCUCUUAUCAAAGUGGUAAGUUGGGGUAUUUUUUAAUUUGGAUUUUUUCAGAAUCAGUAAAACCCCUGGGGAUUCUUUAUAAGAAGCUCGGGGCGCUUGAAUUAAUUCCUCGAAGUAUUUUACAUUCCAGGGAUACCCUAACUCCCUUUUCAAAAGUGUUUUUUUCAGAAUGUAUUGUAUCGCAAUGGGGAAGUUGGUCGGAAUGUUUUGGAGGUUGUCAAAAUGGUCUAAUUGUGCGAAAUCGUGAUGUCUUGAAACCUCCAUUACCAGAACUCAAUGAAGAUGGAAAAUUCAUGCAAAGAUUGUGCCCACAUUUGUAUGAGACUAGAUUUUGUGAUCGGAAUGAGUGUGAACUUCAGAAAGUGAGUUGCGGGAUGAUUUUAUAUACAUAUAUUUGAAAAUUCUGUGAGCAUAUUUGAGUUUUGAAGUUUGAAAUCAAGUUUUAGAAUUAGUGUAUUUCUUUUGCGCUUCAAAAUUCUAAAAUGUACAAAACAUUCAGAUUCUAUAGGGAAAUUCAGAAAUUCCUUGAAAAAAAUACAAAGCAAACUUAAGGACAAGAUUUCUAUUUUCAAUAUAUAUUUUUCGAAAAACGUUAUACUUUUUGAAAAUCUUCUAAAAAUAUCUGGAAACCAUUCAAAUAUCUUUUCUCCUACAGUAUACUUUCAAACGACUUUUGAACUAUUCUAUCAUGUGAUUCUAAUUAUCCAAAUUCCUAUGCACUUUUUUUCAAUUGCAAAACCUCAUUAUUUGUCACUCAAGAUACCCAUCAAAACCAUUAAGUAACAUUCCAUUCCAUUCCAUUCGAGUCCUUAUCCUUAUUCCUUUUUCCUAAUUCAAAAAAACAGCCGGCUGUCCAAAAAAAACCAAUGAAAAAAUCGAAUCCACCAUAAAAUGUUUCACAUUCCUUUGACCACCUUUAGCUCAUCAAACACCAACUAAUUUAAUGGCAUCGACACCUCAACAGAUUACUAUCUUUUUCUUCCCUCUUUUGUGUAGUUUCAUGAUUUAUGAGCGUACUAUUAUUUUAAGGCUUUUGGGAUAGAUGUUUUGGGAUAUGCUAGGUGAAGAUUUUAAAAAGAAAAAAAGGAAAAAGUUCCGGAAAUUUUAAUUGGUGAAAGAAAAGAGAGGAAACAAUUAUUGUUUCGAAUUUCAUUUAAAUUGUCUCAUAGGUCAGACUUCAAUUACAACAAGCCGAUUUGACGAAGAAUUUGGUGGAACAACAAAUGCUCAAGAUUGGAUUAGCUUCGGAAAACACAAAUUUGGUAGAACCUUAAAAAAAUUGUGAAUUCAAAAUUCCAUGUUUUUUCAGCAAUCUGAUCUCAAAAGAAAAUUUAUAACUGAAACUGAACAACUUUUGAAACUGGACAAUUUUCUGGAUCAAAACAAGAUUGCAAACGUUUCUUCACAAAUUGAUGUAACUUCAAGGCAAAUAACUAAUCAAGAAUAUAAACUGGAAAGUAAGUUUAAAUUUAGCUAAUUACACAUUCAUUUUAUUUGUGUUUAUUAACAUUGAUUAAAGGGUCUACAACUAUUGUUCCUGAAAUAUCUACAACUUCUGAAGUUGCUUUGACUGCAACAACAAAAACUGAAGAAGUUGGGGAAGAAACAAAGAUGCCAAUUGUAGCGAGUUCUGCUUUCCGAGGAUCUAGAAGAUAUAAACCAUCAUCCGAAUAUUCAGUAAGCAAUCUAAUCAAGAAAAUUGAACAAAGUCUUGAUUCAAACACACCACUCGAUGAAACAUAUAUCAAAAAUUCGAUGAGAAGAAACCGUAAACUCGCAAAAAUACUUGUUGAUGCUUAUCGUCAUCGAUUUGCUGUCAAACAAUUUGAACUUCAAUCAACAUUGCUGUCAACAACAACAUCUGGACCACAACAAUAUUGGAAACCAAGAACUGGUUAUAUUCCAAACUCGAGAAAACACGCGUCAGAUAUCACUUCACAAUUAUAUAUGACAAAUGAGAUUGUGCAAAAAAUGGAUGAUGAACCAAUUUCAAUUGAUUUCAAUCCAGAUUGUAGGUUUUCGCGGGGUUUUUUUUUUCUUUUCUCGCUCUACAUAUUCUCUCUCUCUCUCUCUCUAUCUUUUUCUUAUGGCGAAGAUGUUUCAUUGUGUAUUUUGAAUGAUUGAUGAAACACUUUAAAGUUGCCGAUUUCAAAUCAUGAUAGCAAAGCGGUGAAUUGAGAGCAAAUGAUCAAUUUUUCUAGGUGAACAAAAUCGAAGAUGUUGCCAAAUUACUAGACAAAAAUGUGCCGAUGGUGAUGAGCCGAAACUUGUGAAGAGAUGGUACAGACCGGUGAGUUUAUAACAAAAAUAUUUUGACAAUUGAACUCUCAAACAGCACCUCCUUGCUAUAUUGAACUUUCUAGGCGCGCCUUCUUGACAACUAGGUUCCAUAGGCGCGGCUACUUGAAACCGAAACUCUCAAGACGCGGCUCCUUGCUAGAGUGAAUCUCUAGGUACUAAUCUUUGAUUAUCAAACUUUCCAAAUUCCAGAAAGGUUCAUCUGAAUGUGUCCCUUAUGAUUAUCCACGUUGCUCAAUGAAUGAAGAAAUGGAAGAACAGCCAAUUCUUUUCCAACAAAAUUGUCAGGAUUUGUGUUUUGGAAAACAAGAAAAACGAAUCUCGCCCUUAUUCCGCUUGGAAUUCGAUGACAUUUAA